CCUAUAGUAACUGACGUGUCAUCCAGGAAGCGGAAGCGCUGUGCCUUACGACCAAAGUUUGUUUUGCCUUUUGGCUAAAAACAGGAAAACUUCAGCAACUUGUCUUGGUUUUUAUGAAACUAUAGUAACAUUAAUCGACUUUAUUGUAGUUUAAAGAACAAAAGCAGGCGGUAAUGGGGGGAACCGCGAGUAAGUUGCCGAAAGAUCUUCUAUCGGAGUAUCAGGAGCUUACAUUUCUCACAAAGCAAGAAAUCUUACUGGCACACAAAAGAUUCGCUGAACUCCAGGGCAGAGAAAAUGGGCCGUACAGCUCCAGGGUGUCCAUGGAGAAGGUCCUUACGCUUCCUGAACUGAAGUCCAACCCCUUCCGGAAAAGGAUAUGUCACGUCUUCUCGACGUCUGACAUGAGGGAUGGCAGCUUGAGCUUUGAGGAUUUCCUGGACCUCUUGAGUGCCUUCAGUGAUUCAGCAACCCUGGAAAUCAAGUCCCAUUAUGCCUUCCGGAUCUUUGACUUUGACGAUGACGGUACACUUGAUACUAGAGAUCUGGAGAAGCUGGUGAACUGUCUGACUGGCGAGACGGACGACACCCGUCUCACUGCAGAGGAGAUGAGGCAGCUCAUAAGCAAUAUCCUGGAGGAGUCGGACAUCGAUAAAGACGGAACGGUGAACCUCUCCGAAUUUCAGCAUGUCAUCUCCAGAUCUCCAGAUUUUGUCAGUUCAUUCAAGAUUGUGUUGUGAAGUUUACACAGAAUGGAAGCCACUUUCCGGUCCAGAUUUUUCACCUGCGCCUUUAAUCUGUCAAUAACACGACGUCCUAAUUGUGAAUGUAUUCUCUCGUUUAAUAUUUCUACUGUUUAUAUGUUUGAAAACAUUUUUUACUCCCUGUUAAAUAAAUCUACUUUCUAUCUUGUAUUUUAGACCAUAUAUUUGUACCUAAUUUAAUAAACUCUAAUACUGCAA